UACACAGCAAUCGGAGUAGGGGUUGGUGCGGCACUUCUGGUGGUGGUGACUACUACAGUAGUAGUUCUGUGGUGUCUUGUGAAGAAAAACAGGUCUAAAAGGGUUUCCUCCAGCAGCUGUGGUGAUGAACUGAAAAUUCUUGGUUCUCAAACCAGUAAAGGGUGUGGUGAUCCACCAGAGACCCCAGCCCCAACAGCACCUGAGACUAAGACAGAUGACACUCUUCCUGAUGUCCUCCCUCCUCUCUAUGAUGACAUCAAUACC